CGCUCUUUUUGAACAUAACCUAAAAGUUACCCCGCAACUGGUACAAAAACAAGAGGUCGAAGAAGUGUGAGAUUUUUAAACAAUGGUUUUAUGUAACGUAGAAUGUUUAGAAAGAAUUUCAAAUUACUUAGAUGUUUCACCGCUACCACUAGAAAUGCAAGAAAAUGUAAUCGUUACUACGGAAAGGGAAUCAAAUGAAAAGAUAGAAGGGUUUAGUACUAUAAUUCAACUGUUGAUUGAAAAUUCGAAAUAUCCUGACAUACUUGGUAUUGACAAUGAAAUGAAAGCAUUAUCACGUCAAUGGCUGGAAUAUGCAGUUGUCUGUGUUAAUUACGCUGAUACUCCUGCUAAUGCAAAAAGAGUCUUGCAGGAAUUAAAUGUUACAUUAAGAGACAAGACAUAUUUAACUGGUACAGAGAAAACCAUUGCUGAUGUUACAUUGUAUUAUGCUCUACAUUCAAUAAUGCGGGAAUUAACUCAUCAAGAGAAAGCUCAAUAUGUACAUGUCUCAAGAUGGUUUGAUAACAUGCAACAAGAAGAAAAGUUAAGACAACAAUUAGAUUUAAUUUCUUUUGAUUUGUUACAUCUAUUUUUAUGAAUAAAAUAAAGAAAGAGUAGUAAUUUUAUAGACAUUACAUAUUAUUGUUAAAAUAACUUGAGGAACAAUAACAGACAGUUACAUAUUUAUUUGUCAACUUAUAAAAAUAGAAGUAACUAAAUUGACAAAAUAUAAAAUUUAAAACAUAA